AUCAAUUAUAUGAAAUUAUUCAAAAUGAAUCAAAUUUGAAUAUAACGAUUACAGUGAAAACUGUAAUGAUUGAUCAUGUAAAUCUUUAUGUAUUUCAUCCAUUAACAGUAAUAUUUAUUGAAUAUACACGUUUACCUUAUAUAUUUCCGUGGAUUACCGCUAAUCAUAUAUCAUAUAUGGGUGUUAUUUUUGCAUUGAUUGCUGCACGAUUAAUAUUAAGUGAUAGUCUAUUUAUUCGUCGUAUCGGUGUUUUAGCAUUUUUUGGUCGCCAAUUUAUGGAUGAUCUUGAUGGGUAUAUUGCUCGUUGUCGUUUAGGUAUUGAUGCUAAAAAACAGGUUUCAGUAACUAAUUCAAGUGGAUAUAUUGUCGAUGGAAUAUGUGAUGGAAUCGGUGUUGUUAUAUUCUGGUAUGCUGCAUUUUGUUAUGCAUAUCAACGACAACCUAUUGGUGCCAAAUCAUCAAAUGUUUUACAUACACAUACAACAUAUUCAUUAUUGAAAAAUGAAAAUGAAUGUGAUACAGGAAUCAUCAAUAAUCAACGUCGUCAGACAAUAAAAAAUUAUCUAUUAUUAUUAUUACAGAUUGGUAUUUCAUCAUUAACAUGGAAUCUAUUCCUAAAUCAAUAUCAUUUUAUACUUGAUCCAAGUAUUACUGAUGGUUUUAAUGUUCGUACCGAAUUACAAGAAGAAAUAUUUAAAUCAUCAUUAAUGUAUACAAUAACAUGGUUUUGGCGUUUAUUAAAUCCACAUGCAUUCACUAAUUUUCUAUUGAUUGCUAUUUGGUUUAAUAAAACCAAUCAAUGGGCUAUAUUAUCAAAUCAAUAUGCAUUCUAUCUAAUUUCUGGUCUAUCAUUUUUAUGCGUAAUACAUUUGAAAGACAUAAAAUUUCGUCUCACUGAUCAUUUAACAUUAUUCUGAAAUAAAAACAAGAUAAAAUUUAAAUAAUAAUAAUAAUAAUAAUAAUAAAACUCUUUCACGCACACAUAUCCAUCAAUUUGUAGAUAAAUAUCAAAAAAAAAAAUUCAUUAUCGUUUUGUUUUAUCAGAUCAAAUUUGUUUGUUGUUGUUGUUUUUAUCAUCUUUCAACAAGCAAUGAAACAAUUGUAAUAAUAAUAAGAAAUAUAAUUAUGAAAAUGUAUGUAUAGAAUAGUAACCGUAUUUGUUUGUUUGUUUGUUUUUUUUUAAUUUC